AUGACUGACUCUUCAUCAAUCAAUCAUCUGCUACAAAAACCCAACAAAGGUGCCAUGUUGGAGCAUUUGGAGGUUCUUUGGCAAAGUUGGCUUAAUCGCAUGAUAGUAGCAUUGCUUGUCAUAGCCUUCUUUGACUACAGGAAUCGUCCCCAUAUUGAAAACGACGACAGAAAUGUAAUUUUUCCGCCAGAUCCAGUAGCGGUAUCACAAACUGAAGAAAAGCGAAGUCGUAGCCUUCUAUUGGAUCAAGCUGAGGAAGACGUGAAAGAGACUGUAGAAGUGACGAAGAGCCCAGAUCAUCCAGAAGAAAAUAGCUUGUCUGAAUCGACGAAAGGUCAACUGGAGGAGGCUUCAAUUGCCGAGCUUGAGAAGGACAACGAGACCAAUCAACAAGAAGGGAUUUUGGGUGACGAUACAGCAGUCAACCACUCAGCCGUCGUCGAACCAGAAAAAAUUGCAGGAGCGAAGAGAAAUCAGCCGCCUACAAUAAAGGCGACUAGCAAUGAGCAUCCAGGUAUGGCAAGUUUCAAUUAUUGGUUGGACAUUGAAUCGAGUUUGUUUCGGAUCUACACACUGGGACGUGGAGAUGAUGUUGAAGUUGUUCCGCCAUACGUCCCGCACAGCUAUCGCGGCACAGUUCCAAUCUUCUUGCAUAUAACAAAUAUGACAAGAAUUCCACUGAAUGUUUUUUGGAUCGACUAUCAAGGUCGCUCUAUCCCAAAAGGCAAUCUACUGCCUGAACGGAAUUGGUCGCAGACGACGUGGAUUGACCACCCUUGGAUAUUCGAACACGCCGAAACAAGAGAGGUUGUGCUCUACUACAUUCCUUAUAGAGUUAUCCCCACUUCACACGGUACUAACACUGUAUCUGAUGAUGGGACAGGGCAACACAAGUUCUCGUUGGUACCACCAAAGGAUAGGAACGGACCAUUCUGGGUUGCUGUUCGGGAUGAUAUCAUGCCAUUCCCAGGCUCUGAAAAUUUUCACUCUCCACUGCCAGCAAUUUCUUGGACGCUUCAACAUAUGAGCCGGCUUAUGUCGCCAGAAGAUUCAUCUAUCGCGACACUGCAACUGUACCUGAAGAAUAUCGUUGAAAACCCAAAGAGCAUUAAGUAUCGACAAAUUCGAAUUCGUUCAAAGAAAUUUGCUGCCAUUUGGCAAUCACCCAUGAAAGGGCUUCUGCUGGCAGUUGGCUUUGUAGAACGAGAAGCUUAUGCUGAGCUGGGAUCUGCUGACGAAUUGCCGAGAGAAAGGGUUCAAGAGCUUGCUCUGUUGUCUUACAUGUUGAAAAAAUGGUGUGACGAUGAGCUUCAACGGUUUAAUCUGCAACAGCCAGAUGGGGCAGAUGGCUUUGGUCGCCAAGGUUUCGGUCGAGCCGGGCAGAUAAAUUGA